GCCAAAAUCCCACCCGGGAACCUUCCGCAUUGACGCUCUGUGGUUUGUGCUCGCUCUGUUGGCUACUACUACGUCCUCUGCGGUAUAGUAGCUAUCUAGCUAUCUAUCUCAAGUAAACACAUGAUUUCGCAAUAAUGGCGGGUUCGCUGGAAAUGGCGAAGACUCUCCUAGUCCCCGCCCUAAUCUCCCUCGCCGCCUACUUCCUCCUCUUUUUCCUAUUAAUCCCCUUCAUCCGACGCUACCGACAACGAUACGCCCAAUACCUCCCCCUCCACACCGUCUCCGCUCACGCAUCCAGCCUCCGCGAACGUGCCUCCGAUGCACUGAUGCACUUCCUCCUCCCUUCUUCGUGGCGACAGCGACAAAUAUUUGGCGCACAUAACGACGGGGGCAGCGUCUUUGAUGACGAAGAGGGGGAGGAUAUGGUUGGGUUCGAGAUAGAUUCCUCGAGACGGGAGGCACUGGAACAUGGGCGGAGAAGUGGUGGUGACAACAACCAUAACGUCCACAGCAGCAUAGAUACGGACCGGCGGCUGAGUCGGGAUCUUGAGGAAGGGUUUAUGGAUGAUAGUGACGAUGAGGAUGGGGAUGAUAGGCGGGCUCGAGUUGGUGGUGGUGGUGGUGGUGGUGGUGGUAGCUGA